ACCUUGCAAGUGCUUGCGAGCAGUGACGAUGUGUGGAAGCCCUGUUUGGUAGCUAAGCUUAUCCACGUCUGUGCGGCCCUGGUCAUGUCCAUGGCGAUCGCUGGCUUAAAAUUUGUGUGCAAACCCAAUGUACACCUUCUUCCCGCUCCAUUUCAGUGCAUUCGUAAGGUUGUGCCGAGAUAUGCCGCUUCCAUCGACGCAGAGGAAGUGAUAAAAGAAGAACUAAAUGUUUCGGUUCCUGAAGAAGGCAAGUGAAGGACUGAAUUUUUGGAAGUAAGAAGGGCCCUACAUGGAGGAAAUUUGAUUCCAAAGAACUUGGAAUUAAAACUUCAAUGAUCGCAGAUCCUACAAAAAAGGUUCUUAAUAGGCUGAAGAAAAAGGGAUAUGAUGUAUACCUUGUAGGAGGCUGUGUGCGGGAUCUUAUUCUAAAGCGAACACCAAAGGACUUUGAUAUUAUAACUUCAGCUGAGCUUAGAGAGGUGAUGAGAACAUUUUCAUGGUGUGAGAUAGUUGGCAAACGGUUCCCUAUAUGUCAUGUUCAUGUUGAUGAUACCAUUGUUGAGGUUUCAAGUUUUAAUACUGCUAGGCGCAAGUUGGGUGUGGAUGCUCAUGACAUUAAAGGACCACGUGGCUGUGAUAAGAAAGACUAUCUUCGGUGGAGAAAUUGUUUGCAACGAGAUUUUACGAUUAAUGGGUUGAUGUUUGACCCUUAUGCAAAAAUUGUAUAUGAUUACCUGGGAGGAAUGGGAGAUAUUAAAAAAGCUAAAGUGCGAACUGUGAUUCCUGCGAGUACUUCUUUUCAGGAGGAUUGUGCUCGCAUUCUACGAGGAAUUAGAAUUGCGGCCCGCUUAGGCUUUGGCCUUUCCAGGGAAACAGCUCAUUUUGUAAAAAAUCUUUCUUACUCAGUUUUAAGACUUGAUAAGGGUAGGCUUUUGAUGGAAAUAAAUUAUAUGUUGGCUUAUGGUUCUGCUGAAGCUUCUUUAAGGUUACUAUGGAAAUUUGGACUUCUCGAUAUUCUUCUUCCCUUUCAGGCUGCUUAUUUUGUUCACCAUCGAUUUCGUAGACGGGGCAAGGGAACGAAUAUGCUUUUGUCAUUCAUGUCCAAUUUGGAUACACUUUUGGCGCCUGAUCGUCCUUGUCAUAGUAGCCUAUGGGUCUGUAUCCUAGCUUUACAUAACGCACUGAGUGAUAAGCCGAGGUAUGCUUCAGUGGUUGCUGCAUUCAGUCUUGUGGUUCAUAAUGGUGGAGAUUUGUCAGAAGCAAUAAACAUAGCAAGGAGGAUCAACAAAUCACAUGAUGCGAGGUUUCCUGAAUUGUUAGAUCCAUUGCAUCUGGAUGAUGAGGAAUUAGCAGAAGAAAUUAUGGAUCUUGCAGAGUCUGUUAAAGGGUCGUUGUUGCAGAUGACAGAUGAGCGAUUUGUGUCUCAGGCCAUGGCUGACUAUCCUCAAGCCCCUUAUUCAGAUCUGGUAUUCAUCCCAUUAGGGGUUUACCUAAAAGCUCGCAGCAUCUUUGACUGUGUGACGGUAAGUGAUGCUGCGAAGAAAUUUGUGUCAAAGCGUGGCAGAAAAAUUAAUUAUGACUCUCUAGCUGCUGGUGACCUGCGGGAAGUACGGCAUGUUUUUGCAAGGAUUGUAUUUGAUACUGUAUACCCAUUACGCCUGGUUCAGGAACAGUCAUGAUUGAGUACAUCAAGGCUAGUUUGAAGUUUUCUUGGAAAUUUUGAGAAGAAUGAUGCAGAAUGCAAUUCUGUCGAGCUAAUCUGAUCAAUUUGGAAUAAAAUUAUGGUGAAAGGUCUGAUUCUACCAUUGGAGAGCUAUUGGGUUCCUGCAGAAAUGAUUAUCUUAGGUUCUAAUCCCGGCGAUCAGUUACGAGGCAAGGGCAAGGGGCUACCCUGCUAUGUUCAAUGUUACUGAGUAAACGUAAGCUAAAAGAAGGAAGCGUUAUAUUUUUGUAGUUUCAGAGUAGUGCAUUCAUUGAUAUGUUUUUGAUAUGCUUAUAUGAACAUCCAUCUCUUAGGUUAAGUCUCAUAAUGUAUUCAUGAAUCCAUUGUUGUAAAUUGUACUAAAAAAAAAGAUUUGUAAAGUGGCCACAAAAUAGAUUUGCAAAUAAAGUGGCCACAAAAUAGAAUCACUACAAGGAGGAGGCGGAGGGGACCAUUAUUGCUCCUUCAAAAGAAUGAGAAAUGACUACAUUCCUGACCAAUCAAAA